AUGAAAAACUCUCAUAUAGAGAGAAAAAAAUAUUCAGUUCAUAAUUUGGUAAAAUUGAUUAAUGAGAGAAAUAAACAAAAUGUAAGGAAGGACAGUUCAAUUGUAGAAUCAGGAUGUUUGACCAGUAUACAAGUAGGAAAAGGUCUUAAUAUGGAACAAAAUGUUACAUUUUUACACGAGGGACAAAAUAUGCAUGUGAAAAGGAAUAACAAGAAUAAGAUUAACAUAAUAAGUAGGAAAAAUAUUCAAGAGGGUGAUAUAAAUGGAUCUCAUAACGGGGAAAAUGAGGAUGUCUUAGUAAGUGAAAAGGAGUUCGAUGGGGAAAACCUAUUGAAUGAAGACAUAUUGGAAGAACAGCAUCAAAUUUGUAACCACGAUCAAUCAGUAAUAUUGGAUGUGGAUGAAGAAAAAAGGAAUGCAAAUGAAAUAAAACUAUUCAUGUUUGAUUACAAUGAAUGUCAUAACAAGAAAUGCUCAUGUAAGAAGUUAUAUCGAUUUAAAAAAAUAAAAAAGGCGCAAAUUAAUAAAAAAUUUAAAGGAAUAGUAUUAACUCCAUUCUGUGAGAAAUACUUUUCUAUAAAUGAUAAAAAGAUUGUCGAAAAUUUUGGCUUGUCAGUUAUUGACUGUUCUUGGAAAUCAUUAGAUUUAUUAAAAAAAACGAAAUUUACAAAUCAGAGAAAAUUACCCUAUAUUAUUGCAGUUAAUAGCAUAAAUUAUGGAAAACCGUAUAAGCUUUCAUGUUUGGAAUCUUUGGCCUUCUGUUUAUAUUUGUGUAAUUAUAACAAACAGUGUAAUGAUAUAUUGAAUAUUUACAAAUGGAGUUCUAAUUUUACAACUCUAAAUAGAGAUCUGCUUGAUAUGUACAAAUUAUGUAACAACCAUGAGGAAGUAAAGAAUGCUGAAAAUGAAUUUAUUCAAAAGUUCCUCAAUGAAAAAGAACAAGAGAAAAAAAUUGAUCAGUACAAGGUUAUAUAUGAAGAUGGUUACUUAUGA